CGACGGUCAGAGAGCACGGAGGGUCUGUUCUUAUUCGACGAGCGAAAAGAUCGGAGGUCAGACGUGGAGAACUAGGAGGAUGAGAGGAGAAGGCUGUCCAUCGGCGGGUCACUCAAGAAGAAAGCGCUAAAUGCGUCAAGCAAGCUUACGCAUUCGCUCAAGAAGCGGGGGAAGAGGAAGGUGGAGCAUCGGGCUUCUUCCUUCACAAUUGAAGAUGUCAGAGACGAGGAGGAGGAACGCGCCGUGUUCACAUUUCAGCAAGAGCUUUUGAGCAGGAACUUGCUGUGUGACAAGCAAAAUGACUAUCACAUGUUGCUGAGGUUUUUGAAGGCAAGGAAAUUUGAUACUGAGAAAGCCAUUCAUAUGUGGGCUGAGAUGCUUCAAUGGAGAAAAGAAUUCGGUGCGGAUACAAUACUCGAGGAUUUUGAUUUUGAAGAGCUAGACGAGGUGCUUUCCUACUAUCCUCAGGGUUACCAUGGAGUUGACAGGCAAGGAAGGCAAGUAUACAUCGAGAGAUUAGGGAAAGUUGACCCGAAUAAACUGAUGAAUAUCACUACAGUUGACCGCUACAUCAAGUAUCAUGCGCAAGAGUUUGAGAGAGCCUUCUUGGACAAGUAUCAGGGCAUGCUUCUACAUCGAACGACGUUGCCUCUGAGGCCCCUUUCUUUGGCUAUUUUCCUUGAUUAUUAGUCUAAUUUCAUAAUCCCAUGCAACAAUCCAGUGGUUCUUGCUCGAAUCACUUGGUCUGUUUGAGAUUUUCUUUGGUUCUUGAACUGUUCGGUUUCAACAACUCUGGGGGUAUAAUUUCCCAUUGAAUGUGAGUCCUUGGCAUG